GAACUCUUCCUGUUUGUCAUCAUGUCUCUGUGUUCAAUGUUCUCCUCCUCAGGCUCUGGGUCUGCCCAUCACUGAUGCUCAGAUUGCAGAGAUGGAGAGCCAUGCAGAGGACAUUGACUUUGCCAUGGCGGCUGAAGAAGAGCGAAAGCUGAGGCACGAUGUCAUGGCGCACGUCCACACCUUUGCACACUGCUGCCCCACAGCUGCUCCCAUCAUCCACCUCGGUGCUACGUCAUGCUAUGUGGGAGACAAUACUGAUCUCAUUGCGUUGCGUGAUGGCUUCAACAUCCUCUUGCCUAAGCUGGCCAGAGUCAUCGACCGGCUGGCAAACUUUUGGUUGAGUAAAAAGCUGUUACUUGUGAUUACUGAUGGUUUCUUUCCUCUCUUCCCUGCCUUGCUCCUGUGCAGGAGGAUCUCCCUGCCCGAGUCCUUCCUGACAGCAGACAUCAUCCUCAGCACGCUGCAGAACAUCACAGAGGGUCUUGUGGUCUACCCCAAAGUCAUCGAGAGACACAUCCGCCACGAGCUGCCCUUCAUGGCCACAGAGAACAUCAUUAUGGCGAUAGUGAAGGCAGGAGGCAACAGACAGGAGUGCCACGAGAAAAUCCGUGUUCUCUCCCAAGAGGCAGCAGCUGUGGUUAAACAGGAAGGUGGAGACAAUGACCUACUGGCCAGAAUCCAGCGAGACCCCUACUUUGCACCCAUUUUAGGGCA